AUGCCCGGCACAUCCCCAGUCAUCCUCAUCCUCGGAGCAGGGCCCAACAUCGGGCAGGCGGUUGGUCGGACUUUUGCCUCCAGAGGCUACAAGGUUGCCCUCGCUGCUCGAUCCCUCAACGAGGCAGAUAGCACAGACAAUCAACUGAACAUCAAGAGUGAUUUUGCCAACCCAGACGAUGUUGUCAACGCAUUCAGAAAGGUCAAUACAGCGUUUGGUAUCCCGAGUGUAGUCGUCUACAAUGUCAGCGCCUCGACGUUCACCCCGCCUCAGGACCCGUUCGCCCUUCCGCUAGCCGCUUUCAAUCGUGAUGUAGCGAUAAACAUCACGAGUGCUUUCGUCGCCGCGCAACAAGCUACCCUGGGCUUUGCACAACUUCCUGUGUCUGCGUCGAGGACAUUCAUCUAUACUGGAAACAUUCUGAAUAUGACGAUCCUCCCAGGAUUCAUCGACCAAGGCAUGGGCAAGUCUGCAGGCGCACAUAUGAUAUGGGCGGCCUCAGCCGCAUAUAAAGACCGCGGAUUCAAAUUUUAUUACUGCGACGAACGCAAGCCGGAUGGGACGGCGAUUUACAAGGUCAACGGAGACGCUCAUGCACAGCUCUACUGGAAGCUUGCGGAGGAAACGUCCCAGGGCCCAUGGAUGCAGACAUUCGUCAAGGGUGUGGGAUACACGAAGUUUGAUAGUCCUGAUGCAUGA